CAGAGGACAAGUGCCCAGGUUUGGGUCUUAUGCCUCCACCCCCUCACCUGCCCAACCCUAUAACUUUCAGGCUGGACACCCCUCCUGCCAGGCCAAAAGCACCCAGCUUUGUGCUCCACAGGGUGCCCAGGGAGACGGCAUGGCUACCCAGUGCCUUUGUCUCCUGCUUUUGUCCUGCCUGCUGGCCCUGGCAGCAUCUUUUCCUGAUGUUGACAUAAGAAACUUGUACCUCCUCAAUGGCACAAUGGAUGACAUUAUGAAUGCUCCCCCAGAGCCCUCCGAGCUCGGUGAUGGUGAUGGACAUGUCCGACAGGCCAGAGACAUCGCCCACCACCCGCCAGCGAGCCAUGCCUCAGCUUGGCCCAAGGACUGCAGUGAGCUCCCCCGUGGAAGCCACAGCGGCGUCUACAUCAUCCAGCCCAAAGGGCUCCAUCACCUGGUGGUGUACUGCGAGAUGAACGUGACCCACGGGGGCUGGACCGUCCUCCAGAGGAACCAGAGGGACACUCCAGUCACCUGGGCCGAGUCCUGGAGCACCUACAAGUUCGGCUUUGGGAACGUGCGCACCGAGUACUGGCUGGGCACCGAGUACAUCCACCAGAUCGCCAAGCAGAAGGUCUACCAGGUCAGGUUUGUCAUCCAGGACUCUGCAGACACCUUCAGCUUCGCAGACUACAACCUGUUCAGCGUGGAAGACGAGUCCCAGGGCUACAGGCUGAGGCUGGGCUCCUACAAUGGGACAGCUGGGGAUGCCAUGACCUCAGACAAUCCCAACAACAUGCACGACAACAUGAAAUUCUCCACCAAGGAUCGGGAUCAGGACACUUACAGUAAGAACUGUGCCUACAGCUACGAGGGCGGGUGGUGGUACUCGUCGUGUUAUUCUGUGCGGCUGAAUUACAAGGGCGGCAUGACAUGGGGCAGCCUGUGCAAGGGGAACUGCAAAUCCUCUCUUAUCCUCAUCAAACCAGCUUCCUACUGUUAGGGCUUCUUCUUCCUCCUCCUGUCCACAGUGGACACUCUGCAAAGGCUCUGCA